AUGGUCGCCGACGCUUUAAUCUACCACCCGACGGUGAGCCACUUCAACCGCUUCGUCGCCACGACUAUUGGCCGCGACAAAACUCUCCGCACAAUCCAAUACUUCUCCCGCUUCCUCGCUUGGUACCUCUACCGCACCAACCACCCUACCACGACCGUUGCGCGCUACGAUGCGGUCAAGAAAUCCUUCGGCCAAGCUCGCAAAGCCAUGCGACUAGGGAAAUUCGUCGAGCACUUCAAAGCGGCCGCCGUUGCCGCCGACUCCAAAUCCUUGGACCCCGUUCUCAAGUACCUGGCUGUGGGACGCCAGCUCGGCUAUGCUGUGUACUUGUCCCUCGAUGCGUUGACGUAUCUGGACCAGACGGGAAUCUACAAGUUCAAGGAGGGAGCGAGAUUGCAGAGGGAGGCUUAUCGGGCUUGGUUUGUGGGCUUGACGUGCAACAUUGUGGCGGGCGUCUACACGCUGUAUAAUUUGCAGUUGUUGGCGAAGAAGCAGGCAGAGAGCGGUGGGGAUGCCGAGAAGGCCGUCGAGGGGAAGAAGGUGCAGAGGGAACAAGCUGCUACUAAGCUCCAAUUGCUGUCCGAUGUGUGCGACAUCACUGUACCAAGCAGUGCUAUUGGAUACGUUAACCUCGACGAUGGUGUUGUUGGUUUGGCCGGAACUGUGAGCAGUUUGAUUGGUCUGUCUGCUGCGUGGCUCAAGACAGCGUAA